UGAUAAGUUGUGUAGAGGUGCAGGUAAACACACCUAUACAUAUAUAUUUUUAUCUUACAUUCUACUGUGAUAACUAAACAUGACGGAAAAUAAUAAACUCAGACCUAGGAAAGAACUGGAAGAGGCUUUACGACGAAUAAACGACUCUUUUGAUUUCAAAGAUGCACAUUUGGAAUUAUCCUCCGAUGAACGAAAUGGCAGUCUUGUUUCUUUCCUUAAAGAACAUUUUUACUGCGAUGAAGUUUUAAGUAAAUCUUUAGAGGCAGAGUUAGAUGAAGAAGUUGCUGCAUUAUUCACAGAGAUUUUUCGUGAAAACCUGUCUGUUUUACUGAUAUCAGACAUAACCGGAGAAAUAAUAGCCACUAGGUCAAUGUGUUUAGCCAGGAAAGGAGAAAAGGCAGAUUGGUCAAGAGCAAAAAAUCGUAAGAUGGUUAUAAUUAUGGACUUUUUGGGCCAUAAAUACGAUGAGAUGGACGUGUUUAAACGAUAUAACGUCGAUAUAGUAGUGGCAUUUGUUGCUCUUGCAACCCAUAAAGAUCACAGAGCACAGGGAAUAGCUUCUAAAGUAAUGAAAGCCACUCUACUAUUUUGUAAAGAACUAGGGUUAAGUCCAGUUUGCAUAAAAGGUGAAGGCACUUCGAAUUAUUCCCAGAAAAUUUAUGAAAAGUUUGCAUUUGAGACCAUACACACCUUACCAUAUGAUGAAUACAAAAUUGAUGGUGAAAUCGUGUUUAAAAAUACUGGUGAAAAUAAGUCAACUAAGUGUUAUGUAAAACAACUCUGAUGUGGCUAAGAAGGAACAAUUUUUUCAAUUUUCUCAUGAAACAUAAUUUUUACUGUGAUUUUUUUAAAUUUGUACCGAUAAUCUUUUUAUUGAUAUUUAUGAUUUAUACCGAUAAUCUUUUAUUGAUAUUUAUAAUUUUGUACACAAUUUACGUUU